AAAAACAAAAACACAACAUUUUUCGAGGAUGUUAAAAUAAUUGUCUGUGUUUCCAGCCAACAAUGUGCAGUAUGAAAUGUAAAUCCAAUUUUUUAUAUCAGAAUCUUUUAUCAUCAUGUUUAUUGUCAUAUUUUCUUUUUGUUCUACUACUAUUUGUCAAAUGAAGUUAAAUACUGAAAUCCCAUAGUGUCCUCUUGAGAUCAUUGAAGAAUAUAUCUAUUUUCCUGAGGGUAUCUUUAUUUUCUUUUCAAGUUAAUGCCAUGUUUUAAGUUGUAAUGAAGUUUCAACAGGCCCAAUGCUCCAAUGAUUGGAGUCCCCAAUCAUAAACCUAGCAUUUUAACUGUAUGGUCUUGUUGUCUUCCAAGAGAGAAAAUGGCGACCGCAACAAGCACAUGUGAGGUUGAGGCCAUAACCAUGCCUGAAUUUGAUCGUAAAAGUGAGUUAAAAGCUUUUUAUGAUUCAAAAACGGGUGUAAAGGGACUUGUAGAUGUUGGGGUGACCAAGCUCCCUCAUAUAUUUGUCCAUGCUCACAAAGUAAAGCUUCCAGAGAAGUCUGUCUGCGGCAAUUCCCAGUUCAGUAUUCCAACCAUUGACCUGGAAGGCAUAAAAAAAGAUGCAGCUCUCCUUGGUGAAAUUGUAGAAAAAGUUAGAGAUGCUUCGGAGAAGUGGGGUUUCUUUCAGGUGGUCAAUCAUGGAAUUCCGAUCAGUGUCAUGGAUGAAAUGUUUGAUGGGGUACGCAGGUUUCACGAGCAAGAUACUGAGGUAAAGAAGCAAUUCUAUACGCGUAAUUUCACGGGAAGGUUUGUAUACAAUAGCAAUUUUGAUCUGUUUCAGACACCAGCAGCAAAUUGGAAGGACACCACUUAUUGUGUCAUGGCUCCUCAACCACCUGACCUUGCAGAACUACCUGCAGUGUGCAGAGAUAUAAUGAUGGAGUACUCCAAGUAUGUAUUGAAAUUGGGACUUACUCUAUUAGAAUUGCUUUCCAAGGCACUCGGACUUGACCUCGACCACCUGAAAGAUAUGAAUUGUGCUGAGGGGCUAUUCGUCACCAGCCAUUACUACCCGGCAUGCCCUGAACCUGAAUUGACUUUCGGCACCAGCAGCCAUGCUGAUACUGGCUUCAUUACUAUACUUCUACAGGACCAACAGGGUGGGCUUCAAGUCCUUCAAGAAAAUCAAUGGGUUGAUGUUCCUCCCUUGCCUGGAGCUCUUGUAAUAAAUAUUGCAGAUCUUUUACAGCUCAUUACCAAUGACAAGUUCAAGAGUGUCAAUCACAGAGUGCUUUCCAACAAGAUAGGCCCAAGAAUUUCAGUGGCAAGUUCUUUGAGAACACAUUUUACAGAAGAGAUUACACCAAAACUUUAUGGGCCAAUCAAGGAGUUGGUAUCACAAGAAAACCCCCCAGUCUAUAGGGAGACUACCAUAAAAGAGUACUUCACCCACUACUACAAGAAAGGGCUUGAUGGAACCCCUGCAUUGUCGCAUUUCAAGUUGUGCAAGUAGGCGUAGGAGAUUUAGAGGCCAGCUUAAUUUGGUUGUAUAAGUAUUAUGUACUGCAACUUUAUAUGCUAAAUUAAGCAAUCAUAUUUCGGUCCUCAUGGUUACAAAGGGGUGUUUAUUUA